AUGCGCAAGCAGCGUGAAAACGUCAAGGGCAUUGACCGUAUGCUGCCAUUCGCUAUCAGCGGGUCGCUGGUGUCUUUCAAUUUCGGCAGCGGCGGUCAGCUGGGCGCCGGCAUCGAAAGCGCGUUUCUCAACCGGCUCAACCCGAUCCAGGUCGAUCUAGAUUUGCCGCCUGAACGCUUCGCCUUGAUCCAGUUCCGCCACGUGAAGAACCUCAAGAUUCUCGUGUGCGGUGGCGACGACACCGUGGCUGGGUGCGUGCUCGAAGGCGUGCGGCUUUCGUCAGCCUGA